UGGUUAUUCGUCGAUCAGCACGUGUUGUUUUGAUUUCAUUAAUUUCAUCCGAUCUUGAGAAUUUGUGUGUAAUUUAGAGAGAUAGAAUACUGAAUAAAUAAAGACAUAUGGAAAAAUGUCUCGGCUGAUUAUAAAGAACUUGCCCAACAAGGUAACCACUGAAGGUCUGAAGGAAAUUUUUUGCCAAAAAGGUGAAGUUACUGACGUUCAGUUAAAAUACACAAAGGAUGGAAAAUUUAGAAAUUUCGCCUUUGUUGGGUAUAGAACAGAAGAGCAAGCUGCAGAGGCUCUAACAUAUUUCAAUGGCACUUGCAUUAGAUCUAUGAAAAUAGAUGUUCAAGUCUGUGCUAAUCUAGGAGACGAGAAGAAGCCGAGAGCGUGGAGCAAGUAUGCACCAGAUAGCACAGCAUAUCAAAAGUUACAUAAAGAUGAAACUGAAACUAAAAGUAACAAGAAAGAGCGAAAAAUUGAAAAAAAUAAAAACAAAAUUAAGGAUUUAUUAAAAAAGCACAAAGAUGAUCCAUUGUUUGCAGAGUUCAUAGAAGCACAUGUAAAUGACAAAACUGCUUGGAUCAAAGAGGCUUAUGAAAAAGCCAUAAAUAGUGAUGAAGAAGACAGUGGGGUCGAUGAAGAAAUACCCAGUAAAGAUUCAGUAGACAAACCAGAAACAGACACAAAUACUAAGACAUUAGAGCCCACAAAUGUUGUUUCAGAAGAAAAAAUUGCUAAUAAACAGAUCAGUGAUUUAGAAUACAUGAAGAUACUAAUGAAAAGAGUGGGUAGCAAUAAAAGUACCAUACAACAAGAUGUGCCCAAAGCUGAUGACACACCAAAGAAAAUUAGACAUAGAGAAUUGUACCAUAUUAAAGUAACUGGACUACCUUACACAUGCAAGAAAAAAGAUAUAAAAGAUUUUUUCAGACCCCUUGUGCCAUAUUCAAUACGACUUCCUCUAGGCAAAGGAAAAAAAUUAGCUGGUUUCUGUUUUGUUGGAUUCAGAACAGAUAAAGAGUUGAAAAAAGCAUUAGGAAAAGACAAAUUAUUCAUUGGUAAAAAUCGUGUGCACAUACAGCAGUAUGAAGAUAAGGCAAAGAAAGUAGCUGAAGAAGAGGAGGAGAAGGUGCAACAGAAAAAACAAGAGCAAGCAAACAAUGAAGAAAGUAUAGGCGAAAGCGGUUGUAUAUUUGUAAGAAAUCUGCCUUACAUUGUAUCAGAAGCGGAACUCACAAGUCUCUUUGAAAAAUAUGGUCCAAUCACAGAAGUGAACAUGCCCAUCGACCCCAUACUCCGACAGGCCAAAGGCUUCGCUACAGUCACGUUCAUGAUUCCCGAACAUGCGGUGAAGGCCUACACGGAACUAGACGGAACAAGUUUUUGCGGUAGAAUGCUGCAUCUGCUUCCGGGCAGAACUGAAAAGGUUGAUAAGGACAGCGAUGAUGAAGGUUUAUCGUUCAAAGAGAAAAAGGCGAAGAAACUGAAAGCCCAGGCCAAGUCUUCUCACAACUGGAAUGUGCUGUUCCUGGGAGGCAAUGCCGUCGCCGACGUCGUGGCGUCUUCAUAUAACACUACAAAGGAACAAUUACUUAACGAUAAUAACAAAAAUACAAGUGCAGCAGUUAGAUUGGCCCUCGGAGAGACACAGUUAGUUGCGGAGACAAGAACCUUUUUAGAGACCAAUGGAGUUUAUCUAGAUGCUUUUAAUAAGCCUGCGACGAAAAGAUCAAAAACGUGUAUCAUAGUUAAGAAUUUACCCGCAAACACAGAUAAAGAUGAAAUUAGGGCAUUAUUUGAAAAACAUGGACAAAUAGCUAGGUUUCUGAUGCCGAAACACGGCAUUACAGCACUCGUCGACUUUAUUGAACCAUUCGAGGCAAAGAAAUCAUUUAGUAAACUGGCUUAUUCUCAAUUUAAAACUGCCCCAUUAUAUUUAGAAUGGGCACCAGAGAACGUAUUUGUUAAAUCAAAAGAAAAAACAACACCAAAUACAGAAACUAAUGCUUCACUUGAAAUCGAUGCAAAAUCACAAAUGGUCACUGAAGACCAAAAGGAGACAAGUACAGUUAACAAAAAUGAACUAGAGAGUGAAAUUUUGGAAGAAGAUGAAGCGCCAGAAAAUGACACUACAUUGUUUGUUAAAAAUCUUAACUUUGUCACAACCGACGAUAGGUUGAAGGAGCAUUUUUCAAGUUGCGGCAAAGUUUACAGCGCGACUAUAGCAAAAAAGAAAGAUCCCAAAAAUCCAGGACAGUUUUUGUCUAUGGGUUAUGGUUUUGUGCAAUAUUACAAAAAGCAAGGGGCCAAUGAGGCUCUAAAAGCAUUGCAGAGUUCUAGUUUAGAUGGCAAGACUUUAGAAUUAAAGCGAUCUGAACGCGCAAACACGAAUGAAGUGAAAACUUCUAAGAAAAGCACCAGUGCUACGGCCCAGAAUGGUACAAAAAUAUUAGUACGCAACGUUCCAUUCCAGGCGAACAGAAAUGAAUUGCACGAAAUAUUCAGAGCCUUUGGUGAAAUAAAAACAUUGAGGAUGCCCAAAAAACUUACACCUGGCUCCGAUCAGCAUCGUGGGUUCGCGUUUGUGGACUACUACACUAAAGCUGAUGCAAAGUCUGCAUUUGAUACUCUGUGCCAAUCGACUCAUCUCUACGGACGAAGACUUGUGCUAGAAUGGGCUGAUCAAACUGACGAAAAUGAAGACAUAAAUGCUCUGAGGAAACGAACGGCUCAAAGUUUUAAUGCAAAGGCCCCGAGCGGCAAGAAAUCUAGGAAGGCGGCAGUCGACGUGGAAACCUUUGUUGAGGGCGAAAAUAAAAUGUAAAUUUGAUUGCAACAUUUUUAUUUAAUUCCCCGUGUAGAGUACAUAAUACAUUUAUUUAUAUUAGGAGUUAUAACUAAUUGAUAGUUUUCAUCUAAUUCAUUAAAAUGCAAUUAACAUUUAAAGUGUUUGCUAAUGCCCUGCGGGGUUAUUCACGAACGUUGAUUAGACAUAUAUCAUUCCUUUUACUCAUCUUUCCUUUUACUCUUUUCUGAGGUUAACCGAAUAGGAAGAAAGGGCUGAGGUACAUGUGCAUAUCAACGUUAAUAAAUAGACCUAUUGAUGUUUAAACAUAUGUUGCAAAAAGAUUGCAUUUUAACUAAGAAAAACUUGAAUUGUAAAUAAAAAUUUAACACAAUAUCACAACAUCUUUUUUGAAUGGGUAUUUUGUGGUCUUUCCAUGGCGACUACAAUUCCAAUUUACAUUUCAACUGCUAUUUUACUCUUAACGUUUAGUUUCGUUAUAAUUAAGUUCAAAUAUUUUAUGGCAAAGUCCAGUCAAGAAUUACUAUACCAUCUCGUUUAUAAUCAAAGUAUUUCUAUGGAAAUGUGGUUAUGUCAAAAAACUAUGUUUAUUUUUGGGAACCUGGACUUAUCAUUCCUCAAAAUAUUUGACUUCCCCUAUAUUUUUGCAGUUGCCGAAAAUGCAAUUUUAUUAAUAGAAUAUGUAUGCAUCAAAAUAAUGACCAAAAUAAGGAAAACCAAUUUUAACUAAAUUAAAAAUAAACUCUCGAAUUUAUACUUUCGAAGAUCCUUACAAAAUUUUCACAAUAACAUACAUUUUUAUCAUAUACCUAACAUAGUUGUUGAUAUCAUUUCAAUUGUGAUUAUGAAUCAUCGUAGGUGGAGUCUAUAGAUAUCAGUGCUGGUGUUUGCUUGGACUUGGCUGUGGUUAACUCAAAAUGUUGGAAAUUCUUCCUUGUGACUUUCGACAAAUCAAUCUGAUCACAAGUUUUAAUAUUAUUAAUGUUCCAUAUUCUAAUAUAUACAAAAAUUUAUUAAUUAUACCUAAAAUCUAAACCCUGGCUAUAGCCUGGGCAUAAUAAACCUUAUUUACAGAAACUAGGAAGAUUCUAAAUGAAUCCCACAUCAAAAUCAAAUAUUUUUGGAGUUAUGAAAAAUCAAGUCAGGGUCCGAGAGGCAGCUUCAAUCAAGAAUUAAGUGUUUAGGAUGAUUAAUCUCAGAACAUUACCCAUUUACGAGACAGAAAAUUAAGAACCAAUACCUGACACUGGUUCAUAUCACGAAACAUUAUGACCAUUUGGCCUACCUAUUCAUCCUGUACUGGUUGCUAGUUGCAGAGCCACACAAUGUCAUUACAACUAAUUAAUACUAGAAGACUGGAAAAUAUUUACAAGUUGCUUUAAUUAGCUCAAGUAAAAUAUAAGAGUGAAAAAAAAACCAUGAAUAAUUAUAGUAUGCGACAUAGAUAAAAAUAAAUAAAUCACAUUAUAUUCCAAACUCAAACUUUUCUUUCCUAAAUUUUCAUUUUUAUUUCACCAACAUGCAAAAUACAUUGAAAUCUAAAAGACACUUUUAAUUCAUACUUAAUGUUGUGCUCAUCAAUUAUGUGAAAGCACCCCUAUGGAUACAUUAAUGAAUUUUGUUAAUCAAUUUGCUUGCUACCAUUAGUAAGUCAAUUAAUUUACAAACAGCAAUAUAAUUAAAAAUAUUUCAUUUCUGUGAUGGUAUGUUCAUUGGAUUACUAUGGCCAAUAUUCCAUCUGUAAAUUCUAUAUUUGCCUCAAAUAAAAAUAAGUAAUAAAAUUCAAUUUAUUGGAUCUGUAACAUUUAAAUCUAUUAUAGACAUUUACAGUAAUUUAUCAAUUGUUUAAAUAAUUUAUAGUGUAUUUUCCAUAUGUUAAUUACAAUUCUGACAAGUCAUAUUUUUUUUGCACAAAAUAAAUUAAUAAAAACAUUAAUUUUAUCUUUUGAUGAGAGCAAAAUAUUUGUAAUAUUUGCAUUCAACAAAAACAAUGGAUAUUUUAAUAAUAAUAAAAAAUCAAGCAAUAUUUACUUUACACAUAAAAAAGAAAUUAAUGCAUUUAGUCAAUUUUCACAGUGGAAUAUAUUUUCCUAACAAAUAUGCUAGUGCCCAGAUAUCCAACAGUUCCACAUAUGAUACCAAGAGCCAGACUGAAAAGAGCCAUGUAGCCAAAAUAGAAUGUAGUUUGGAAGAGGCCAUACAUUUUAGUUUUGAAUAUGAAAUAGUAGAAUGAGUACAAGUACACAUAGAGAGCAGUGCUUCCAGCAGACAGGAAACUUGUCCACUGCCAGCGGUAGUCUUCGGCAUUCAGUAGGAAGUAAGUGCAAACUAUAGUCACACAUACAGUUACAAUCAUCAGAAUCAAAAAGACGAGCAACAUAAACCCAUACACAUAGUAAAUUUUAUAUGCCCAAAAUGAGGUAAAUAUAAAGUACAUUUCAAUGAAAAUGGACCCAAAAGGUAGAAUGCCACCCAUGAUAAUAAUGAUGAGAGGCUCCAUAAACCAUUUCUUUUCAGGAAUAGGCCUUGGUACAGCAUUUAUGCGGCAGGGAUAAUCAGGUUGACCAGCCAGGUUACGUCCGAGUACAGUGCCCACUAAUGUCAAGGGCAAAAUAACAAAAGUACAGAUAGACAUUACUGCAAUCAUGCUACCAAAUGGAAUGGCUCUAGAGGCAUGGUAAUACAUGGCAAUAAAAUUGAUGAAAAAUGCUGUCCCACAUACCAACAUAGGAAGUAAGAAAGCAGAUAAAAGCAUUUGCUUGAUCCAGAGCUUUCCACCCAUUCUGGCAUAAAGUGAACCCCCAAAGUAACCAUUGAUGGGAGAAGUUGCAGCAUAUAUGAAUAUCGCUGUUGAGAGCAAGGAACCUCUUUCAGUAUAAAGUUCACCAAAUAUAGUAAAAAUAAUAACACCCAAAGUUACCACUGUUAAUUGGUAACCAGAGCCGACCAGAGCAGAGAAAAAUGCCAAGUGGGGCACUGGACGGAACACAUCACCAUGCACUUGCUUCCAACCAUACUCAUCACCCAAAUCUUUCUCCAAGUCAUCAAGAUCAUCAUCUUUUGAAUACCGGGCAUAAUCUUUACGUAGAGUUCUCAUCAAAAUCAUGGAGACUAGACCUACUAGGAAUAUAACCAUCAUGAAACUAUUAAAGAUACUGAACCAAUGAA